AUGGUUGACAAUGCGGCUAAAAAGCUUUUGGAUAAAUUCAAUAUUGAUACCAAUAAAUGGUCAUAUUCACGUUUAACUGUUGCAGUAUUAGUGCAUGAAUCUCUUGGUGCUGGAUUACUCAUUGGCUUCUGGAUAGCAUGCUACAAGAAACAACCACUGAAAUACCUUACUUUAUUUGCCCCAGCUCGUAUUCAAACUAUGUACUCAAAGGGAUUGAAUUGGUCAGCACGAAAACUUCACCGACUACCGUCUUUUAUUACUUCACGGACAGAUCCUAACAGAAUUCUUAUCAGCGGAGCAGAGAGUUUUGUCCUUCGUAAAUUAUUAUCACCACUUACAAUCCCUGGAAAAAUAUAUAUGGCUGUGUUGGUUUCUGGGAUUACAAGUUGA